AUGACUGUUUUUUGUCUUGAUAUUUUACUACAUGGAAUUAUUCCGGCAAUAACUGGUGGUUUUUAUUAUGAUCUAUAUACUACACCAUUGGCUAAUACUGUACAUAUUUAUUUAUGGAUCUGUUUUAUGAUUCUUCCACUUCUUUUAUAUCUCUUUACACCAAUUAGUCUGUUAUCGUUUUAUAUUUAUCCAUUAAUAAUAGGAAUAUUAUUUUCUAUCAUAAAAUUCCUUAAUUAUCGUUUACAUAAAUUUUUUGAUUUGGCUGUAAGAUGUGAUGAUACAAUUGUUGAUAAUAAAAAAUCUACAACAAAUAUCACUGAUGAUAUUGAAGAAGAACAUAAAUUACUCAAUCAACAUACAACAAUUGAUGCACCUUUAUCAGAAACACAACCAUUAUGGAUUGAUUCUUUAUAUGGUAGUAAUAAUAGCAAUUUACCAUCUAUGUAUGAUGAAUCAUGUACUCAUAUACCACAAUCAACUGUUACAACAACACAUGAUUGUCAUAUAUCAACAUUAGUAUGUUCACCACCAGUUCUAAUACAAAAAUCUAACAAUCAAAUAAAUGAAAUACCAAAAUAUUCUUUAACAGAUGUUAUUUUACAAGGACCUAGUCUUCAAGAUACAUGUGUAUCAGAUUCAAAAUUAUGCCAAAAACAUGAACAAAAACCAAUAAAAGUUUAUCAAGAAAAAAAUUCUAUUCGUCGUGUACAAUCAGAUUUUAAUAUUAUAUUAAAUAAUAAUGAUUUAAUACAAUCAAAUAUAAUUGAAUUAUCUUCAAUAAAUGAUAAUAAUCGUUUAAAUAAAAAAUCGAAAUCUAUGGAAAGUAAUCUUAAUAAAAUUCGAACAAUUCAUAAUCAAGAAAAUUCAUUAACUAUAGAAAAAAAUGAACAAAUUCUUGAAAAUAAAUCGGAAACUCAUACGGAAGUAUGUUCAACUGUUGAUGUUCCAAUAGAUGAUUGGCGUCCAAUUUUACAAAUUCUUGAAAAUGUUUUUGCUGAUGAUGAUGAAACAUCUGAUAUGAUUACUGAACAACCUGAAUCACUUGAACCAUUAUUACCUAAUAACAGAUCUUAUUCUAAUGAUCAUCGAUAUUCAUCAAAAUUAAAUGAACAACAAAAUGAUAAUCAAGAUGAAUCAAAUAUUCCAACUCGUUUUCGUCGUACACAUUCAAGUCAAGGUCGACGAAGACGUCGAACAUCACGUCGUGCAACAUCUGUUGAUCAACGUCAAUUAUAUUUUAAUGGUGAACAUAUUUCAAAUCAUCAUCUAUCACCAUCAUCAUCAUAUCGACGUUCAGCUUGUCUAAUGAAAGAAACUUGUUUUGAUGAACGAACAUCAAAUUAUGAUUCUUUACGUGAUGAAACUAGUCUACGUGAUGAUUCAUUAACAACAACACCAUCUGAAGAAUCAUCACAAUUAUUAGUACGUACAACUGAACGACCUCGUUGGAUACCUGUUUAUCGACAAAAUCAAUAUGAUCAAGAUUCAUCAUCACAAAUUAUUGAUGAAGUUGAAUGGCAUAAUGAAACAAGUCCGGGAACUGUACAUUAUUUUCGUGAUGAAAAUGGAAAACUUUUUUCCUAUGUUUUUGGUGAUACAUCAUGUCAAGCACGUAUGGAAACAUCAGAUCCAAAACCGUUAAGUGAUAUAAUCACACGAAGUAUUAGUGAUGUAACUGAGGCAACGGUUGAACAAAUACCAAGAGAACAAAUAACACCUCCACAAACACCAUCAACAACAGUUCAACAAAAUCAUGAAUCUUGUUCAUUUUUUGGUGGUGGUCGUCGUCGUCGUCAUCAUCAUCAUCGACAACCACAUCGAUUAAGACGAUAUGAACAAACACAACAACGUGAACAUCAAACAAGAAUUAAACAUCGAUCAAUAAAAGGACAAACUUAUCGAUUAAAAUUAUUUAAUAGAAAUAUUAUUGUUCCAUUUGAUCGUCUUUGGUUAUUAACUGUUUUCGAUAGAGAUCGAUCAAUAGCUGAAUGUAUUUUAUGUAUAAUCUUGGCUAUUAUUGUUUCAAUAGUUGGUAUACAUGUUCUUUACAAUGAUAUUUAUUAUGACUUAGAAAUUCUGGUUUAUUGCUGUGUUGUUGCUGCAUCUCAAUAUUCUUUAUUAAAAAGUUGUCAACCAGAUGUGAAUACACCUGUUCAUGGUUUUAAUCGUAAUACAGCAAUAAGUCGUGCAAUAUAUUUUUGUUCAUUUUCAAGUUUAUUAUUAUUAAUAUAUAAAUUAAAAAUGUAUUCAUGGCAUUUUAUAUUAUUUGGAAUAACAUUUUCAAAUAUAAUCGUAUGUAAUAUGAUUUAUAAUAUUCUAUCAAUAAUAUUAUUAUGUUUGCCAAUAUUAUUUUUAUUUGGUUUAUUACCACAAUGUUCAACAUUUUUUCUUUGUAUACUUGAAAAUUUUGAUAUGCAUUUAUUUGGUGGUACAGCUAUGAUUAAUAUACCAGGAGCUUUAUAUAGUUUUAUAUUAUCAAUAAUUAAUUUUAUUUUUCUAUCAAUUAUUGGAUAUUAUGGAUUAUUAAUUGAUACAUCAAAAGAUCAUAUGCAAAAUAUAUUAUUUUCAAUAUAUUGUGGUUUAACAAUUAGUAUUUGUUAUAAAUUAAGUCGUGGUUCAAGUAAUCCAAAUGUUUUGUGGCAUAUAAUUAAAUAUGAUUUAUUAAAAAUAAAACGAAUAUUAAUUCAAAAUGAAGAUAUACAAGAUCCAUUGCCAGAUAAAUUAAAAACAAUUGUAAAACAACGUUUACAGUCAGAUAUUCUUCUUUGUUUUUUUAUAUCUAUUCUUGGUUUUGCUGCACAUGCUUCAACAACAUUUACAAGUCUUCAACCAAUACUUAAUUAUAUAAUAUGUUCAAUAGUUAUUGUUUUCGGUAUUCUAUUUCAUUAUAUAUUACCACAACUUCGUAAACAAUUACCAUGGUUAUUAUUUAGUGAACCGCUUAUUAAACAAGCAGAUUAUGCAUUAUUUGAACCGACAGAAGCAACAAAAGUUUUAUUUAUUGAAAAAUUAUUUGUAUGGAUUGUUUUUAUUGAAAAAAAUAUUCUUUUACCAUGUACAUAUCUCGGUGCACUUUCACAUUCGGCACCAAUUGUUAUUAAUAAAUUUGGUCUAUUACCAUCAAUAUUAAUAUUAACAUUAUGUUCAAUGAAAAUGCUUCGUAUUGGUUACUGUAAUUCUUCAAGACAUUUUCUAUAUGUAUUAUUAACAACAAUUAUGACAUAUAUAAUGCCAUCUAAUCGUUCGGAAACAUUUCUACUUAAUUAUUUUAUUUUAUCAACAUUAACUGAAAAAUUAAUUGAUUUCAAAGAAAAAGUAAAUUUUAUUUUUGUUUAUUGUGCUCCAUGGCAAAUAUCAUGGGGUUCAGCAUUUCAUGCUAUUGCUCAACCAUUUUGUAUACCACAUUCAGCUAUUCUUGUUGUUCAAUGUUUAAUGUCAGCUUUAUUAAAUUCUCCAUUAAUGCCAUUAUUAGGUAGUGCUGCAUUUAUAUCAUCUUAUCCUCGUUCAAUAAAAUUUUGGGAAAAAAAUUAUAAUACAAAACGUAUUGAUAAUACAAAUGUUCAAUUACAAGCACAAAUCAAUGAAUUUCAUUGUGGUCUUGAUGAUAAUAAUUUAAACGCAAUUUUUUAUGAACAUCUUACACGUGUUUUACAAACAUCACUUUGUGGAGAAAUUCAACUUGGACGUCUCGGCAAAGUGAAUACAGGCGAUUUUUUUAUAUUAACAAGUGAUAGUUUAAAUUGUAUGAUUCAUCUUAUUGAAAUUGGUAAUGGUUUUAUAACAUUUCAACUUCGUGGUUUAGAAUUUAAAGGUACAUAUUGUCAACAACGUGAAGUUGAAGCAAUAACAGAAGAUAUAGAUAAAAAUCGUGGUUUAUGUUGUUGUGAAGCCGGUCGUUUUCCUCAUAUGCUUUCACUUAAUGCUGCAUUUACACAACGAUGGCUUGCUUGGGAAGUUAUUUGUUUAAAAUUUGUUGUUGAUGGUUAUAGUAUAAAAGAAAAUAAAUUUAAUGAAACUGUUGUUGGUUAUGAUUUACGUAAACGACUUAUAUCAUUAAUGAUUAAAGCAGUUAUUUUUUAUGCUAUUCGUUCAGAUCAACUUGUUAAUUGGCUUGAAAAUGAACAAAUUCGACAAGCUAUGAUGCAAUUUAUCGAUCCUGAUCAAGUUGAUGUUGAUCCAUCAUUUACAACUUUAUUUGAUGAUGAUUUUAAAGUUGGAGCUGGUGGUGUAACAAAAAAAACAUUUACAUUUGUUUAUGGAUCAUGGAUUAAUUUAUGUAAUAAUAAAAGACAAAUACCUUUAUCAUCAAUACAAGAAGAUGAUUUAAUAACAUUUUGUUUUAUUCUUUCAUUACUUGCACGUCGAACUUUAUUUAGUUCAUUACCUUCACAUCAUACAGUUUUACUUGAAAUUUAUCAUGAAAAUUUUGUUCAUGGAUUUUAUUCAUUAUUUAAAGGUGAUUUUCGUCUUGCACAUAAAGAUGAAUGGGCAUUUGCUGAUAUGUCUUUAUUAAAAAAUGUUGUUGCACAAGGUGUUCGAAUGUCAUUAAAACUUAAUCAAGAUUCAUUUCUUGAAAUGUCAGAAUAUCUUGAUAAUGAAAAAUUAUAUGAUGAUAUUGCUCAAAAUGAAGCUAAUCUUGUAAUAACUCAUGAAGCAUCACCUGAAUGGCGAAAUGCAAUUUUAUCAAAUAAACCAUCAUUAUUAGCAUUAAGACGAGCACUUGUUGAAAGUAUUGAUGAAUAUCGAAUAGUUAUGUUGGAUCGUCGUCAUUUAUCAUUUCGUAUUGUUAAAGUUUCUAAAGAAUGUGUACGAGGUUUUUGGGCAUCACAACAACAUGAAUUAAUAUUUUUACGUAAUCGUAAUCCUGAACGUGGUUCAAUUCAAAAUGCUAAACAAGUUCUUCGAAAUAUGAUUAAUUCAUCAUCAGAUCAACCGAUUGGUUAUCCAAUAUUCGUAUCACCUUUAAUAACAUCUUAUUCAUCAACAAGUCAACCAAUAAAUGAUAUUAUCGGUGGUGAACUUGCAUGGGAUUUAAUUAAACAAAAAUUAUCAACCUUUUUUCAACGAGCUUAUACAUUUUUUCUUGCUCAUUGUUUUGGAAAUGCAUCAGGUACAAAUGAAGCUAUUCAACUUGCUGAACGACGUACAAUAUCAUCAGCAACAACAGCACAUGCUCAACAAUCAUCAUUUAAUGUGCCAGUUAGUUCAACUCUAGUUGAUCAAAUUCGUUCAUUAUCAGUUCAACAAAAUAUAAAUACAAAUAUUAAUAAUGAAAUGAUUGUUAAUAUUAAUGCAAUUAAUAAUAAUAAAAAGACUCUUCAAUCUGAACAACAAACAUCUGGACUUAUUAAACGUACGUCCGAUAGUUUAGUUACAACAACAACAACAUUAACAAAUGAUGAACCAAUUCGACGACGUUCAUCAUUAUCAACUGAAUUUAAUACAAGUGAUCGAAAUUUAUGUACAAGUAGUAAUACUCAAAUUAAUAAAUCUAUUGUUACAUAUUCAACAAAUGGAAAUUCAAAUGAAAAAGUUAUUAUUAUUGAUACUACAGCUAUUUAUGAUUCGAUCAAUUUGGGUCGUCGAAUAGAUGUUAUUUGGCCAAAUGAACAAAUGCGAUUAAAUGGUGGUCGUAAUGUUUGGUCUGGUUGGAUGCCAAGUGUAGGCAUGACUGGUCUUGUUGUUCAUCGUUGGAUACCAAGACAUCGUGAUGCUCGACAACGAUCUCAUAUUGAUAAAUGUAUAUUACUUGUUCAUAUAGAUAAAUAUGAUAAAUUUGUGCCCAUUGCCGAACAUGGUGUACGAUUUAUUGGAGAAUCAACUUAUCUUUAG